GUAGUUGUCAAUUAGCAGAGGAAAAGGUGUUGGUGGAAAGGGAAGGGGUGGAGUAGUUUUGAGGUUUAGGAAUAAAUAAUUUAAUACGUAUGGAGUUUACGGAGGAAGGUACUGAAAUUUGCAGUUGAAGCCCAAUUGUCUCAGCUGCUAAACAAUUCUCUGAACCACUUGAAUUUUUUACAAUGUUUUCCGGCAGAAAUGUAUGUAAAAUGAAGCCGUAUAAUGCAUUACGUCAAAAGUGCGCACAAUGAGAGGACUAAAUAACAUUGUAUUAACAGUAAGAUUUUCUUCUCUCUUUCUUAAAAAUGUAGGCAGCCCUAUUUUGUAGUUUCCAUGCAUGCAUUUUGUUAGUGUCAUUACCCAGUAUCUAGUAUCUUUUCUACUUUCCAGCAUCGUUUCCUCACACAUCAAAAAUUUAGUCGUAAAAUUCAACGAUUCCACUGUGCAUUAUUUAUUCAUAAAAAUCUGAGAAUGUGGCACGAGUUUAAAUUUCUUAACGAAAAAUAUUCUCACGUAAUGGCACUAACCACACCCCUUCCAAGUACCCUUUAGCAUACACACUGCUUGGUUUUUUGACUGCGCCCAUUGGUACCACGUAACGGUAACUCCGACGAAAAAUAUCGGAACCGCAGAUUUUUUUAGAUGUUUCCGACCCGCCACCCCCCUGCCCCCCACCCCUUCUCCUGGGGGCCACAGUACCGGAACCCCUUUCUUUUUUUUCCAAAUGAAGCACUGAUGCAUAAUUAAUGACUUAUAUAUGUUUAGCUCGAAUAUAUUACGCGCUUGAUAGUUUAAAACAGUACAUGAAAGCGUGAAGAAAUAUUCUUUCGGUACAAGGUACAUGGAUGUGCAAUAAUUUGCGUAAACCCAAUUUUGAUUUUAAAAUCUUUUCUUUGCCAUACAUGUAAAUACAGUAUAAAUGAAUUUUAGGUCAUAUGCUAGAUUUAAUGCAAAUAUUGACAUAUCGCAUCUCGGAGAAGCCUGGUAAACAGUAGAACAUUUUUGUCACGUUUACACAGAGAUGUAGGGUAGUGGAUAUAUGUUUAUCAUAGGCUCAUUCAUUUGUGUGAAAACUCACUCAUGCCACUAGCAAGGUGUUGAUACCUGUUUGACACAUUCUUCCGGGACUUCGGUUUUCAAUGAUUGUUAAAAUACAAGUGGGAAAGCAGAAUGGUGAACAGGGGAAAUUUUUUGGACCCUUAUCUUUCACGGAAGUGGACUUAGAACACUACAUUCAUACUUUAGAUGUGGAUGAGUUAUUGCCAUGUAUCCUGUGCGAAGAUAAAUUUGUUCUACCAAGUAAAAACAAAGAAUUUAUACAACACUUGUAUGAUUGUCACAGAUUACUCAUAUCUGAUCUGCACCACAUUGUGGAUUUGAAAAGUUACUUCAGAUACUGGAAAGACCGAUUUGCAUCUCUGCCUGUAACUGAUGUGUGUCAUGUGAUAGAACAACAGUUUUCAUCUCACAGUUCUUAUGUAUUGGGAGCAUUUGUAGAGGAGGACAAAACCUUGAGAGAGAAACUACAGCGUAAGCGGUUGGAAGCAGUUUUGGCAUGCCAAGACAGAGAAAGGCAAGAUAAAACAUUUUCAAGAGAAUGUUUAUUAUGUAAAACGCACCUGACUGGCACAAGAGCAAAUUACUUUAAUCACCUGGCCACCAUUCAUAAUUUAAAAAUUGGACAUCCUGACAAUUUAGUAUUCACAGAUGAAUUAAUUGACAAAUUGCAUAAAACGCUAGAGAGGCUGCAGUGCUUGUAUUGUGAAAAGUAUUUUAAAAAACGUGAAUCUUUAAAGGAGCAUAUGCGCAAAAAGCAACACAAAAGCAUAAACCCAGACAAUAAGUGUUAUGACAAAUUUUACGUUGUAAAUUACUUGGAACUUGGCAGGAAUUGGCGCGACAUACAGGCAGAAAAAGAUUCCUCCAGUAGUUACAGUGAGAGUGACAGUGAAGAAGAAAAAAUAGAAACUGAAAAGAUGGCUUCUGGAAUGCCAUUUGAUGCAACUGGUACUGUUACAUGCCUGUUUUGCAAUGAAAUAAGUGCAUCAUUUGAAGAUGCCUUAGAACAUAUGGAUUCAGCUCAUGAAUUUGAUUACAGUCAGAUUGUUGAAGACAACCACUUAUCAUUUUAUGAACAGGUAAAACUUGUCAACUACAUCAGACAUCAGAUGUAUGCCCUAAUAUGUAUGAAGUGCCAUAAACUCUUUCAAGAUCGUGGAGAUCUGUUAAACCAUAUGACCAAAGAAAGACAUUUUAUGCUUCCAAGGAAAGAAGUGUGGAACCAACCAGAGUAUUAUUUCCCAACCUACGAAAAUGACAAUUUCCUCUGCAAUCUCGAUGCUGAUGAAGGUAUUACUAAGAAAAUGAAAACGUGUUCUACUCAUGACUGAACUGGAGGAUCCAAAAGAGGAUGCAUGCCAUUCCAGACACAUUCUUCACCUAACUCAAUAGUGGAAAAAUUGUUUGGGUUUCAUUUGUGUCUGUGCCUUGGGAGUUUUUUUAACAUGUUUUUUUAAAUAUUUUUUAUACUUUUUGUAAUAGUGAUGAAAUAUGUUCCAAGUAUCACAUACUUUCUAACUGCAGUACAUAGAAACCUUGUGAAAAAAAUCAUUGUUAUAUAACAAGCAUCCCUUUGUAAUGUAUUUAGAUAUAAGGCCAUUCGCUAUCUUAUGGAGUUGAUUUCACAAAUUUUAAUUUUUCAACCAAGUAUGAAGUUAAUACAGCAAGACGUGUUUUGUAAUUCACAUGGUAUAAAUUAUUUAAAUGUUUCAGAGUUAUUUUAGUUUCAUGUACUUUACCAUUCUUUUUUGUAUAUUUUAAUAAGCUGCUAGCAUUCCAUCCUCUGUGAAACUGUAUCAAGGAAAGAAAGAAAAAGAAACAAUGGAUUUUAGACAUAUCCUUUCGUCUUGGAACAUGAUCUUUCAGUCUGCAUGUGGGACCAUAUGGGCACAUGGCAACUGAAAGGAAAAUCUUAUCCUUUGGCGGAAACAGAUGAACUGGAUUAAGACUUUCGAAAGCUUUUCUUUUUUUGUAGGGGUGUUUGAUAUUGAAAGUGUUGUAUCCAGUAUUUUGAAGACUAUGAGAAAGGUUUUUACAACAUAAAAAUACUUUAGGAUUAAUGGAGAUCAUGCACCAAUAAGCAGAAGUUCUGAGUUGUCAGUAGGCACACGCAAAAGAAAGAGAACUUGUAGCUUUGCUUUCAGAGUUACCCUUUGACAACAGGAGAUAACAGGACACACACACACACACACACACACACACACACACACACACACACACACACACACACACACACCUCCCUAUACCCCUAAAUGUUACCAGCUACACUGACAGUCCCAAUGCUGUUUUGUGGGAGGUGGACUGGUCUGUGUGGGGUUAUUGUCGGGUGCGGUGGCUAGAGGGAAAGAGCAACCCUCUCCCUCUAUGCACCCCACCCCACCCACUUCUGGAUCUUAGUGAGUGAUCUCCUUUAAUCCUAAAGUAUUCAAAUUCUACAACAACUUUCCUAGCAAAUUUUUACAGUGUGUGCAAUUUAAUCUCUCUUUCAUAAGAGUGUCUCAAAAUACAAUACAUUUUGUAUUUGUUAGACACUGUUGUACCUGUGGCAAUUGGUCUAGAAGAUAAGUAAUGAAAUUAUCACUGAGAUGACAUGGGGCCGAAAACAGCCAGUAAAAAAAGAAAAAAAAUCCUACCCUAUGACAGAAAUAGUUGAAUUCAAUUCAGAUUUUUGAAAGGUUUUAUUCUUUUGUAGAAGUGUUUGAUAUUGAAAGUGCUCUAUCCAGUAUUCUGAAGACUGUGAGAAACAAUUUCACAAUGUAAGAAUACUGUGGGAUGAAAGGAGACCAUUUAACAAAAAGCAGAAGCGUUGAGCUGUCAAUAGACACACAAAAUGAAGAAAACUUCUAGCUUUUGGAGUUACCGUUUGACAGCCUGAAAAUACGCACACACUCCUACACGUGCCUACACUACUAAAUGGUGCCAGUUAGAGAGACAGUGCCAAUGCUAUUUUGCGGUGGGUGGUAGUGUCAUGUGGGGUGGGUAGAAGGAGUGUGUGUUCCGCCUCCCUCUCUCUCUACAGAAUCCACCCCACUGCCUCUGCUUUUUGGUUAGUGGUCUCCUUUAAUCCGAAAGUAUUUAAUUUCUACAAGAACUUUCCUACCAAAUUUUUACAAUGUGUGCAAUUUUAUCUCUCUUUCAUAAGAAUGUCUCAAAAUACAUUUUGUAUUUGCUAGACACUGUUGUACCUGUGGCAAUUGGUCUAGAACAUAAGUAAUGAAAUUAUCACUGAGAUGACAUGGGGCCGAAAACAGCCAGUAAAAAAAGGAAAAAAUCCUACUCUAUGACGGAAAUAGUUGAAUUCAAUUCAGAUUUUUGAAAGGUUUUAUUCUUUUGUAGAAGUGUUUGAUAUUGAAAGUGCUCUGUCCAGUAUUCUGGAGACUGUCAGAAACAGUUUCACAACGUACAAAAACUAUGGGAUGAAAGGAGACUAUGAAGUGUUGAGCUGUCAAUAGACACACACAAAAGGAAGAAAACUUCUAGCUUUUGGAGUUAUCGUUUGACAGCCUAAAGGAAAAUACGCACACACUCCCACACAUGCCUACGGUCCUAAAUGGUGCCGGUUAGAGCAACAGGUGGCAGGUGGACUGGUUGUGUUGGGAAGUAGUGUCAGGUGGGGUGGGUAGAAGGAGAGUGUGUCCCGCCUCCCUCUCCGUCUACGGAACCCACCCCACUGCUUCUACUUUUUGAUGAGUGGUCUCCUUUAGUCACAAAGUAUUUACAUAGUUCGAAUCAGAUGCACUCCCACUUCCAUUGCCAUGCCAGUUCAUGUACCUGCAUCAUCUCCCCCGCCCCCCCCCCCCCUCUCAUUCCCUCACUCCUUGCCUCCCCCCCCCCCUCUCUCUCUCUCUCUCUCUCUCUCUCUCUCUCUCUCUCUCUCUCUCUCUCUCUCUCUCUCUCUCUCUCUCUCUCUCUCUCUCUCUCAUACACUUUCUAUUGUCUCCUGAUUUAGUUUUAAGCAGCGAUAUUGCUGCCAAAGUCAUUGUACAAAUAUGUAUUGCUUUAAUUUUGUUACGUUUACUUCGUUCCAUUUUUGUAAUGGUGUCAGUGAUUGUGAAUGUACAUGGAAUAACUGUUCCGAAUCUCUCAUUACUUAGACAAAACAUAAACGUAACAUCAGCUGUGUUGCUCUGAAAGUGAUAAAAGUACGGUCUUGAACUAUGUAAUAGGUAUGCUGGAAAUUUGUGCUUCAAAACUUUGAGGAGAUAUUUGUCCCAACAUAAGCAAAUCAGUAGUAUUAAGUGGCAAGUACUUUCUGACACAGCCUUUUGUGUUUUCAAAGACAGUAAGUUGUGCAGAAUGACAAUUUUGAAAUUUCAGUACCAGAAAGUCUCUUUUUGUCAAAUUAUAAGUAGAUAGUUACAUAUAUGUUCUUUUGACUUGUAUUCCUGCACAAAAUACUUGUUGGAAGACUAUUGCCUACUGCCAUCUUUUUCCUUUCCAUGGACAAACCAUUUUCACGGCUGUUACAAUAAAGCUUUAAUGUAAAGCACUGUGGAGCAUAUAUUUUAGUGUUAAUGUAAUUAUGAAAAUUUAUGUAAAAAUAUUUUUCUGUCAUUAAUUUUCACAAGCCUGUAUGUCCAGUGAAGUAAAGAAUAAAUGUUUUGUGUGGAUGA